AUGGCAGUGUUGUCGCUGUUGGGACUUCUCCCCGUCCUUUCUUCAGCUCAGUCCCAAGGCGGAGACUACAUGAGCCAGCAUGCUGCUCCGUACCAGCAGUACAUGCAGGGAGCAGCCGGCAGUGGUAGUGAUGGUUACCAGAAGUACUACAGCAAGUACACUUCGGAGUACGGCUCCGGUGGUGGCGGAGGCUAUGACAAGUACAUGUCGAAGUACGCCGGCAACUAUGCCUCUAAGUACAUGCCGUCGUCCGAGUCUGACAAGUCUUCUGGAGAUGCAGACAAGGCAGUAAGCUUCGCCGCAGCGGAGGCCGGCUCGGAGAAGAAAAGCAAGGACGACUCGGCUGGCCAGAACGGCUUUGAGAAGUAUAUGGACUAUGCGAAGUACACCCAGGGUCAGGGCUCCCAGGGCGGUGCCGGUGACUACAAGCAGUACAUGGAUUAUUCCAAAUAUACUCAGGGUCAGGGCUCGCAGGGCGGAGCAUCGGACUACCAGAAGUACAUGGAGUCCUACAGCGGGGAUUACAGCAAGUACAUGAAGGGUCAGAGCUCCCAGGCCAGGCAGUUCCAAAGAAGUGGAGACAUGGAAUGCCUAGACCAGCAGCUCUUGAUGUUAGCUUGA